UGCAUUUUUAGCCAGUCAGAAAUCGGAUUCGCUGGGCGGUGUAGGCAUUUACCGUGCUGUGUGCUACAACCCCACCCCCUCCGCCAGUCAUUCUUUCUCUCGCCUUCCUGCACUUUUGCUGGUCCUCCAAAGCGAAUACCGUUGUAAGCGGCGAAGCGAAGAAUAGCUCCCGUUAGGGGGUGAGCCGAACGGAGUCGGAGAGGCGCUUUAGGCUGAAGAUUUCAGAACAGAUGUUGGAAGAUGCUGGCGGUGGACACAGGGAUCGUAGAAGAAUGGUUAUCGGAAUACAAGACAGUGCCAGAAGCAUCUAUACCAAGCUAUGCUAAAAAUCUGAAAGACAAGAGUUCUCUGGUUUCAUCUCUGUAUAAAGUUAUUCAGGAUCCACAAAGUGAGCUGCUAGAGCCAGUCUGUCAUCAGCUGUUUGAAUUCUAUCGCAGUGGUGAGGAACGUCUGCUGCAGUUCACACUGCAGUUUCUUCCAGAACUGAUAUGGUGCUAUCUUGCUGUUUCUGCCAGUAAGGACCUACAAAGCAGUGGCUGCAUAGAAGCACUUCUCCUAGGAGUUUAUAACUUGGAAAUAGUUGACAAACAAGGACACAGUAGGGUAUUAAGUUUUACAAUUCCAUCCUUGUCCAAACCAUCAGUAUAUCAUGAACCUUCCAGUAUUGGCUCAAUGGCUCUUACUGAGGGUGCUCUAUCUCAACAUGGCUUAUCCAGGGUUGUGUAUAGUGGACCUCAUUUGCAGAGAGAGAUGUUGACAGCACAAAACAGGUUUGAAGUACUUACAUUCCUUUUGUUGCAUUACAAUGCUGCCUUAAGUUAUAUGCCUGCAGUUUCUCUUCAAUCAUUAUGUCAGAUCUGUUCAAGGAUCUGUGUUUGUGGAUAUCCUCGCCAACAAGUGAGGAAAUACAAAGGCAUAAACAGCAGGAUUCCAAUUUCCUCCGAAUUCAUGGUGCAGAUGUUAACUGGGAUUUAUUAUGCUUUUUACAAUGGAGAAUGGGAUCUGGCUCGUAAAGCAAUGGAUGAUAUUUUAUACAGAGCACAACUGGAGUUAUAUCCAGAGCCACUGUUGGUUGCUAAUGCCAUAAAAGCUUCAUUGCCUCAGGGUGCCAUAAAAUCUAAUAAAGAAGGUACAAAAUGCAUUCAGGUUGAAAUUACACCUACUGCAUCUAGAAUAUCAAGAAAUGCAGUAACCAGCAUGUCUAUUCGGGGCCAUAGAUGGAAAAGGCAUGGUAAUGAACUAGGAAUUCCAGAGGAAGAACUGAUAGAAGUAUCUGAAGUUGAUGAGGGUUUUGACUCUAGGGCUACCUCUACCACAAAUCACUCUGCUCUAUCAAACAGCAGCAAUACCAGUAACAAGACUCCGCUUGGCAAGAGUCAGCGAAGGUCUGGAGGAAGCAAAGUGGGAGGAAAAGAAAAGGAAACUAUUGACGAACCCUACAAAGAUCAUUUGUCUCGUAAACAAAACCAGAGAGCAAUGAGUGAGAAUUUAGAGCUUCUGUCUUUAAAGAGACUGACCCUGACUAGCAGCCAAUCCCUGCCUAAACCAGGUAGCCAUAGUUUGGCUAGAACUAGCACUACCCUUUUUAGCAAAUCCUUUGAGCAGGUCAGUGGUGGCAUGGUCCCAAAUAAUCACGGUGGCACAGAAGGAAACAGGUUUUCAGUGUGUAGUCUGCAAGAAGAGAAUUUGAUUUUUGGAGCCAACAGAAUAGAACUUCCUGUUUCAAGCAAACAGCCGAAUCAGCAACGACCACCUAUCAUCAGCAUAACUCUGUCAACAGACUAAGAAGCAGGUGACUAAUUUGUCAGUAUAAAAGAGGAUUCUAUUGUUAGUACCCCAUCCCCGAUAACCCUUCUCUAAAUAUUUCUUUUGAGAUGUCUUUAAAGUUUUUCUUUGUUGGAAGUAGUGUCCAAGUUGCAAGUUCUAAGGAUUGCAAUUUUAAAACAGAAUAGGGUGGAUAAUUCUGCAAGUAUGAUGAUGUCAAAGUCUUUUGAGUUCCCUAAUUUCAAGAUUGAAAUUUGCAAUGGUACUACAGUUAGGGUUGUACUACAAAGCCACCUGUACCAGAGGAUUUUUUUUAAAUGGGUUGUACUGUUUGUGCAAGCUUCAGUUAUCUGUUUUGGUGAACAGUUGGCUGCAAUCCACAAUAUAGGUGCCAUUUUAAUACAGCUAGCUCUUCUAGUCCAGUACAUACCCACCCCUCAAAAAAGAAGAUGCUUUUCACAUUCAUCUUCUGGCUUGUGUAAGUCCUGCAACAAACAUUUUUCAAAAUAUAGUGUGUACAUCUGACCAACAGAGGAAGAAAUGAAGCUUUGUUACAUUUUUAGAUGCACUAGCCAUAGGGCUCAUAUUCAAAACACACAUGCACAAAGAUCAAGAUUUGUGCUACCACCACCACCAAGGUGGUGUGUUUGACCCAGCUGCUGUUUGCCUGUUAAAAUUCACAUUUGUAUGUGGACUUAAAUACAUAGAGUUCAAUUCUUGUAUGGCACUAUCUGUAUACCUUGAUUGUGGUCGUACACAGAUCAGUGCAUUGGGCUCUGUGCAUGUAGAUCUCUAUGUAAACUUGAAAUCCAAUGCAGAAGCAUGGGCCAUGGUGAUAUUGUCCUAAUUUUGCAUUUCAAACAUCAGCGUAGGGCAGCUAUUCCCACAAUUUCAAUUUCACAUUACAGGUGAGUUCACAAUUACAAGAAACAAACCUUCCUAUACAGAGCUUAUAAAUCAACAUAAGGAAAAACACUGGUUUCUAGUUCUUACUGAGUUGUUAGGUUUGAACAGAAUCAUGCACCUUAAAGGUUUUAGUAACUUCGAAAUUUUGAUUAAAAAAUGAGUGUUGUCUUCACUCUUUUCUUGCAUUAAUCUAAUUUUUUGAGUUGCAUCUCAUUUAAAUGUUAAGCCCUAUGUAUAUAGGUGGUGGGCCAUGAAGGAACAGAUGAACCUAUUAAAAAUUUUGGAAGGGCAAAUUUAUAUUUGUUUUUGUUUCCUUAAAAGUAUAAAACUACAAACUUGUCUGUUGCUGGUGCAAUAAUCUUUUUACAUGAUUUUGUCAUGGACUGCAAGCAAGAGCAAGAGUGGAAGGUGUUUCUGUUCAUGGGGGCAUGCCAAGCCUCUUACCUCCCACAUUUGCAAUCUCCCAAAAGCUUGAUUCAGAGUGACUUUUUGGAAGUUGUGGAAUGGAUAUGAGAGUGGAAGGGAAUGAAGGGCACACUCCAAUAUAAGCAGAAGUGCCUUCUGUUUGUACAUGGAAUCUGGAUCCAAGGCAUGGUCUCCAAGUGUGCCUAUUCUCCCACCCCCUGCUAGUUUGUGUUACAUUUGAGCUAAAUUACAUUCAAACUCUGAUCCAGUUUAUAACCUGCAUUCUUCCAAAGGAAUAUUUCCAAGAACUGCAAAGAAAUGUACAUCUGUUAUCUUGUGCUCCAUUAGCUUUUUCCUUUAAGCCACAAGCAGCUGAAAACUUAUGAAGGUAAGGGCUGGAUAUAAAGUAUCUGUAUUUAACUUAACUAUUAGUUAAGUUGAUUCUAAGUUAGCUUAGUCCCACUGAUCUCAAAUGCAACUAAUUCAGUUUGGAUCCAACCCAUGGUAUAGUCAGAAAUUGUACCUUCAGUUCAAAGAGGUUACCUUUCCUGAAUUUCCAGAGAUCAAAGUUCUCUAACCAAAAUUAAAAGUUUUUAUGUACACACACAGACAAUACGAAGUUUUAAAAUGGAUGAAUCUUAAAUUGGAACUGUUCAUUUAAUCACUGACUUACUUAUCAUAACAAUAUUAAUAUAUUUGAUAUUUUACAAGUUAAAGAAUUUACAGGUUUUUUACAUGUUUUACAUUUUACUGGCUUUUAAUAAAAUUUUAUCUAGUAUAGGUAGAAAAUAAUAACGUAUACAGGAAUAUACAGCCAUUGUAAAAGCGAUCUAAACUUCUUCCUAUAACUAUUUAAAAUGCCAUAAGAUACAAAAUGAUGGUUUAAAAAUGUUUACGGUGAUGUAGUUUUGGUAUUGUAGGUGGUAUUUUUGUUUUAUGUUGUUUUUUGCACAUUCAAGUAAUCUUGUACUAGAAUUACUCCAUAUACUGCCAGAAAGGUUAAAAUAAUGUACAUCUACAUGCUUCAGUUUGUAAUCAGGCUUGUUGCUCAAAGUAACUUUGAAAUAGCAUGUAUGACAGUUCUCGUAUGUCCUGUGUGCAUACAUGCUGACAUAAAAGGAGGCUUUCAAUAAAUGUGCAAUUAAUUGUAUUUAUGCAGAAUCCAAAACACAACUGGAGUACAUAACCACAGUAUGUCCAGGCAUACUUUAGUAUGUACAGAAUUAAAAGCAGACAGUCCUAAUGCAUUUUGAUCAAAAACAAUUCUUUAUAAACAUUGCUAAUCUUUAACGGUGGCCUACACUUUUAUAAAACCAUGAAAGGGUGAUUUGUAUAAUCCAACCUGUAUGCAAUACCGAUGUGGUGUAUUAUAUAUAAUUCUCAUAGAUCUUACUCUUUUCCAAUCUUACCUUUAUGAUACAAGCAUUUAAACUGCACAAUCUUUAAAGUAAGAUAGAGCAAUUAUCUUGAGCUUUGUCCCAAAUUGCUUAAAAUGCCUGAUAAGAUCUUGGGCCUGCAAAAUCAGCACAUAACUAUCAGGACGAUAAGGCCUGGAACCUUUACAUUUGUGUCAUAAAAGUUUAUUUAGUGAGUCUCCAGUUUAAGUGGCAGUUUCCAUUUUGGAAGAACAUUGUGGUGCUCACUGUCACAUUUGAAAGCUUUGCAAAUUUUAAUGCAAAGUUCUCAGUGUGGUUGCAUAGAAUCUGCUCUGGAUUGUAAUUCCUAAUUUUGAAAUUUUCAUCCGUUAGCUAAUUAUGUUUGAUUGUCAGUAUUGAAACAUUAUUGUGCUUUGCGCAAUUGAAAAGUUGGCUUUGAAAAGUUGGCUUUACUAAAUAAUACUUGCAUAGAUGAGCACUUAAAUGUUUUAGGGGGAUGUUGCAUCUGUGACUAGGUGAAUAUUAUAUACUAUUUCACUUACAAAAUGACAUUUCAUUUCCUUUUUAAAAACAAGGAUGUAUUUGAUUCAUUAACUCCUUGCUGAGUUAUGAAUUCUGAUCAAAGUCAAUUGAACCUUCCAGUGAAGGUGGUCAUUGAUUCAUGUCCUAUAGUGAAAUAAGAUUAUAAAUAUAGUUUGGUUGUAUUUGUUAGACUUUGCUGUGGUGGCAAAUUAGUUUUUUAAAAAAAAGAAAUUAAGAUUAAUGACAAAUAUGAAGACCACAGUUUUGGAAGAAAACAAUCUACUGAAUGAUUUCAGCAAUCCUAUUGAGAGUGCCACACUUUUUUUAUCAUACAUGGCAUUUAUUAAUGUAUCGUUUUUGUGACGGGUUUUGAUUUUUAAAUGGGAUAGACUUCUUUCUCUGAAUCAAUACUGCAAUGUUUUGCAUAGCUCCACUUUUGAAUAUUGAAGAGUAAAACAAUUGGCUGUUUGCAUAUUUUUCAUAACUUGCUGAUUUCAGGGAACACAACACCAGUCGAUACAUUUUUCCUUAAUAGUAUGAGAGUUUAAAUUAAGUGUGCAACUUUCUCUUUUGUACUGUAGUUUGUGAAUACUUUCUGUUUUGGUAACAAAAUGCUU